AGCGCGGGCCGGCCCUUCUCUUUUUCUCUCUCUUUCAAGUCAGGAAACACUUUUCUUCUUGUUCCUGCGCCUCGAGCUCCAAAUUCUCUCUCUCUCACACACGCUUUCUCUGAUGCUUCCACGUUCGAGUAAUCGGUCUGCGAAACCCCACUGAAUUUUCCCAGAAUCUACCUUCGAUUUCCUAGGGUUUUUGAGAUAUAAUAUCGUACCUUCAUUUUCACUGUUGCUCAAUAUAUAAUUAGAUCUCGCGUAUAUAUACCUACCCCCCUUUUUCUGUCGCUAAGUUUUGACUGCGGGAAUAGAUGGCUGUGUUGCCUUUGAGCGCUUUGCCGGUGGGUUACCGAUUCCGUCCGACGGACGAAGAACUCAUUGCUCACUACCUAAGUCUGAAGAUAAACGGUUUUGAGAAAGAAGUGAGCGUUAUCCGUGAGGUUGAUGUUUGUAAAUGGGAGCCUUGGGACUUACCUGAUAUGUCGAUAGUAGAGACGGUCGACAAUGAAUGGUUCUUCUUCUGUCCCAAGGAUCGGAAAUAUCAGAACGGACAGAGAUUGAACAGAGCAACGGAGGCCGGGUAUUGGAAGGCAACGGGUAAAGACAGGUUUAUCAAGACAAGUAAAGGAGUGAAGAUUGGCAUGAAGAAGACUCUCGUCUUCUACGCUGGGCGUGCUCCCAAGGGGAAGAGGACUAAUUGGGUAAUGCACGAAUACCGUGCCACCGAUAAGGCACUCGAUGGCACCCACCCCGGACAGGGUGCCUUUGUUCUUUGUCGUCUGUUUAAGAAGCAUGAUGAGAAUGUUGAAGAUGAAGUUGAGCAGAAUAUUUCUUCUCCUUCAGGUGUUAAAUCUCCCGCCGAAGGUACUCACUCAGAGCCAGUUACCCCAGUGAUGGGUAGACAAGAUGGAUUGUAUUCUCCGAGUACUGAAAGUGGGCAUGCUGAAACUGAGAGUCCAACACUUUAUGCUCCUUUACCUAUUGACCAGGACAGGAGAAGCCUUGUUGCUGAUGAUACAGAAGAUAACUUGUUAGACAUACAAUCCCUCCAGCCGGACCCCGAGCUGGAAAAAAUUUUGGGAGAUUUUUAUGACCCUAUGCCAGAGCCACUCUUUUCUCCGUUGCACUCACAGAUGCAGGUGGAGCUUGGAUAUUCCUGCUUAUUUGGUCCUCUUAACAGUGACAUCGGUAACAACUGUAACUGGAUGCAGUUUCAAGCAGAUACAAAUGCAUUAGAUAUCACUGAGUUCUUGGACAUGGCCCUAGUUGGCUCAGAUGAGCAUUCCUCUGAAGAUUCUGGCAGUAAUAAGAUUUCAGCUGUUGAAAGUGAAACCAAAUGCAUUAAUACUAUAGAGGGUGUUGCCAUUAAGGACAGUGGAUCAUGUAGUGACUCUGAUGCCGAAGUGGUCCAAGGACAGAUGGACACAACUCCUGAUAUAUGCAGCAAUAAUCACAGGGGAAACUUUGGUAUUCUGCAAAGCAAUUACAACUCUGUGCAGGAUGCUUUCUCUGUAGUUUCUGCUGGCGAUCCUGUCUACAGUUUGUUCAACAUUGAAGAACCAAGCAAUCAGAGCAAUGCAGUCGGCAGUGAUGAUACUUUUGGAACGGGCAUUAAAAGGAGGACUCGGCAGCCCCAAAAUCAAUUAUGUGCCCAAAACUUUGAAACUCAGGGAACUGCUAUGAGACGAAUUCGUUUGCAGGUGGAACCUCAAGUUGGACCCGUUCAAUGUAGUCUGCCUAGAGCUAUGUGCUCUAGUGAAGAAAAUCAUGAAACAAAACCACCAGGGGCUGAGGAUGAAAAAGCUACCAAGAAGCAUACUACAACAGAUGAGACGCAAGAUAUAUUCACUCCUGAAUCGAACAAAGAUGGUGCAGAACUUGCUCAGGAUUUGAGUACGACUGUGGAUUCAAAAGAAGAUUUUGCUAUAGGUUGCCCCAAAAAGGUCCUCUCGGUGUCCUCGAAGGUUGUGGCAUUGCGUUCAAUUUUACCAUCCGUGCAUAUGCCUUGUGUACUUCUAGUUGUAGGUGUGUUUAUUGUCUUCACUGGCACAUGGAUGUGCUUUUAGAGUUUGAAGCUGUUAAGAGGAAGGUAAUUUUGUUAUUUUGGUUUUUUUGUGUAUAAGUAAGAACCAUGAUUAAUGCCUUUAUUUGUGAUUAGGCUUACACAGGGUAGCUGACUUUGGUCUGUUGAUGUUUAUGUAUAUAUAUGCCAUUUUGGAACGGGAAUUAGGUUGAGAUGUUGGACUCUCGAUUAUGGAAUGUACCACAGCACUUCCCUGAUAUGUGUUUUAGGAUAAUAUGGGAGCCUUUUUGAUGAAACUAU